AGACUGAUAUAUACUGCUGAUGAGAAAAGGUAUUUAGCAAUUUAUAUUUACUAAGACUGUGGAAGACUAGAUAUAGUGAAUGUGGGGUUCGGGGAGACCGGAUAUAGUGAAUGCAGGGUCUGGGGAGAGCGGAUAUAGUGAAUGUAGGGUCCGGGAAGAGCGGAUAUAGUGAAUGCGGGGUCCAGGGAGAGCGGAUAUAGUGAAUGCAGGGUCCGGGGAGAGCGGAUAUAGUGAAUGCAGGGGUCUGGGGAGAGCGGAUAUAGUGAAUGCAGGGUCUGGGGAGAGCGGAUAUAGUGAAUGCGGGGUCCGGGGAGAGCGGAUAUAGUGAAUGC